AUGAUGCCCACUUUCCUUGAGACAGCACUUAAUUAUCAUCUCAUCAAUAAUCCAUCAGCAGCUAUUAAUAUUUAUCAACGUCUUAUCGAAAUUAUCUUAAAAUAUUUCGAUGAUCGAAAAUACAUUGUCUCAGUAUUUACACAAAUAGCUCUUGAAUCCAAAAAUACAAAUAAUCAAAUUGAAAUGAUCAUUAAUAUUUAUGAUGGAUUGUGUACAUUUAUUUAUGAAUGUCCAGCAAAAAUUAUACUUAAAGAUGAUGAUUUGAUUACUCUUAUUAUUGAACAUUUACGAAUGCUUGGAGAUCGGUUUUAUGAAUCUAUUAUUCCGAUUUAUAGAAAAAUAAUUCAAAUUCUACGUUACUAUUGUGAAAAAGUUAAUCUUAAUUUCGAUAAAGAACAUUAUUUAAAAUUCAUUAAAUAUUAUUAUAAAAAAAUGGCUAUAAUCGAUACAACAUCUACAGUUGAUAGUUAUACAAAUCUACUUGAAAUAUAUCUUAAUUAUGACCCAACAAAUUUUGAAAAUAUUCAAUCUGAAAUUAUCUCUUUGGUCGAAGACAGGCAUGUGAAAAUGCUUGAAAUUUUGAUAAAAGUUCAUAUUAAUUAUGUACCAUUAAUACGAAGUAUAUGCUGA